AUGCGUAUUGUACGCCUAAUAUCAUCAGGCCUUAUGAUCUACGGGAGCGGCUAUCUGGGUGGCUCUCAAGCUAACCAGUCAUCGUCGACGGGAACGCCAGAUCGACGAGCACCUAAGAGCCAACAUAAUACGCUGAAAAGCUUCGUCACCCGGAGUGUUGAUCUUACGCAGGAGUAUCCUCAUCGGACGUGCAUGAAGCCGGCGGACGUGAUGGAGGAUGUGAACGGACACCAAAGACGCGACCUCCCGGCGUUCUCUUACCCGUUCACCUUCUCAGACGUCGUUUCGCCUCGGGCCCGGCUCGGCCAGCUCAUCGUCAACCCUUUGCCGUACACCGAACCGCCUCCAAAAGUCCACCCCCUCAGCCCCCAAAAGCCUACCAACAGACUCAGCGAACUCUUGCCCCAGUCCCUCCCCCAAUCUCUGCCCCAGUUACUUCCCCAAUCCCACAUCCAAUAUCACAAGUUUGAUAUCAUCUAUUUCGCCUUUGGGAUCCCGAACGAGAACUAUGGCGUAGACUUCACCCAGUCGGACUCCAAGCAAACGCUGGACAAGUUGGUUGGUUAUGCACACGGGAAUGGAACCAGAGUCGUACUCUCCGUCGGCGGCUGGGGCGGCUCAAAGUUCUUCUCAGUCGCCGUCAAGAGUGACAGUACUAGACAGGUCUUCGCCAACAAUCUCUAUCAACUCGUGCUCACUCAUAACUUAGAUGGAAUCGACAUCGACUGGGAAUACCCAGGGCAGGCCCAGAUACAAGAUAAUAUAGUCUCGAGCGAGGACUCGGCAGCGUUGCUCUCCUUCUUUCAACUUUUGAGGGCUAAGCUGGGACCCCAUAAGAUUAUCUCGGCUGCAGUUACCGAUUACACUUUCCUUAACGCUCAGGGAGGUAGAAUGACGAAUGUGGAAGAGUUCGGCAAGGUGCUCGAUUACAUAUUGAUCAUGAACUACGAUGUUUGGGGCGCCACGGCUAAUCCCGGGCCCAAUGCACCCUUCUCGAACGGAUGCGAAGACAGCAGUCAGCCGGGGGCCAACAUGGUCAGCUCGAUCAAGACCUGGACCUCUGCCGGCUUCCCCCGCCAGAAAAUCCUGAUGGGUCUGGCCGCUUAUGGAUACAUUAACCAUGCAUCCGUCACCACUCUAGUCCAUCGAAAGCGCUCUGAAAUCCCGCAGAUGAGCCGUAGGUUUGAUCACUAUCUUGCCCAGGUCAAUCGGCAGUUGAACAAACGUCAAAACCCGUGCUGGGAUCCUUCUGGAGUAACAUGCUUAACCCCCAAUGUCUCAGCAGCCCCACCAAGUCUUACUGCACCCAUCACGAACUUGCCCCCUCAGAGUGUUGUUCAGACACCAUCCACGAACACAAUCCCACCAAGUGUCGUCCAGGUACCCGCAGUGAGCGUGAAUCAAACCCUCCCCCCGAGUGUCGAUCAAACCUUCCUCUCAGGUACCAAUCAGACCUCGAGUAUGAGCAUUAAUCUCACACAGACGCUAGAUCCUAAUGCAACGACGACACUUCAUGCGACGACGACAACCAACCCGGUGCUCAUGGACGUGGGCUCGAACGAUCCGGCGGGCCUGCUCCGUACGGCUUCCUCGGGUAUAGGGUCCGGCAAUCUCGACGGCCAUUCCGGGAGCCAGAUCCAGUUCACGGACCUGUUCAAAUGGGGAAUCGUACAACAAAACCUUGCGGAUAGUGAGGGAAGACUAAAUGGGAUUAACGACUACCAAGUCGCAUGGGACCGCUGUAGUUCGACUCCAUACGCCUUCUCCAAAUCCCGUAACAUUGUUAUCACAUAUGAUGAUCCGAUUUCCAUUGGCAUCAAGGCUUCCUAUGCACUUGCCGCAGGCAUUGGUGGCGUAGGCUUUUGGGACAUGACUGGAGAUCAUAACUCGAUGCUCAUCGACUCCGCACGCAAAAAUCUCGCCAGGAUUGGCUGA